AUGGUACUUCUCCGCCCCUUGUCCCGUUCUAUCCCUCUCGCUUCCCGCGCCGCCCUCUUCUCUACAUGUUCCUCAGCGACACGCCCGUUCGUGUCCCGGGCGGCCGGCCUCAGCAGCAAACUCUCCUCCACAACCUCCUCGCCGGUCUCCAGGCCGCAGUUCCAGCCGUCUUCGAUCCGUGCGCUGACAACGGCGCGUGAAAAGGUCAAGGUCCUUCUUGUUCUCUACGACGGCGGCGAGAUCGCCAAGGAGAACGACAAGCUUCUGGGCACCACCCAAAACGAGCUCGGCAUCCGCAAGUGGCUCGAGGACCAGGGACACACCCUUGUCACCACCUCGGACAAGGAGGGCGAGAACUCCAAGUUUGACCAAGAGCUCGUCGACGCUGAAGUCAUCAUCACCACUCCCUUCCAUCCUGGCUACCUGACCGCUGAGCGCUUGGCCAAGGCCAAGAAACUGAAGCUCGCCAUCACAGCCGGCAUCGGCUCCGACCAUGUCGACCUAAACGCCGCCAACAAGACCAACGGCGGCGUCACCGUCGCCGAGGUCACCGGCAGCAAUGUCGUCUCUGUCGCCGAGCAUGUUGUCAUGACCAUCCUUGUCCUCAUCCGCAACUUUGUUCCUGCCCACGAGCAGGUCGAGCGUGGCGACUGGGACGUCGCCGCCGUAGCCAACCAAGAGUAUGAUCUUGAGGGUAAGGUCGUCGGAACUGUUGCCGUCGGCCGCAUCGGCGAGCGUGUCCUGCGCCGCCUCAAGCCCUUUGGCUGCAAGAGGCUCCUCUACUACGACUACCAGCCGCUUUCUGAGGAGGCGACGAAGGAGAUUGGCUGCGAACGGAUUGAGAGCCUCGAGGAGAUGCUGGGGCUGUGCGACAUUGUCACCAUCAACUGCCCUCUACAUGAGAAGACCAAGGGUCUUUUCAACUGGGACCUCAUCCAGAAGAUGAAGAAAGGCUCGUACCUCAUCAACACUGCCCGUGGCGCCAUCGUUGUCAAGGAGGACGUCGCCAGGGCUCUGAAAGAGGGGCCCCUCGCUGGCUACGGUGGCGAUGUGUGGUUCCCUCAGCCCGCGCCCCGAGACCACCCCCUGCGGACGGCCAAGAACAAGUUCGGCGGCGGCAACGCCAUGGUGCCUCACAUGUCCGGCACUUCCCUCGAUGCCCAGCGUCGCUACGCCGAUGGUACGAAGGCUAUACUGGACAGCUACCUCAGCGGCAGGCACGACUACCGACCUGAGGACUUGAUCGUCCACCAGGGAGACUAUGCUACUAAGGCAUAUGGCCAGAGAAAGUAG